CCCCCCCCCCCCCCCCCUCCCUCUCUCUCUCUCUCUCUCUUCCCCAGUUCCCAUCCCAAGCUCCUGGCUUUCUUCCACUUUCUUUCUCUCGGCCUCGGGGCCGUCGGGACUCCAGGAGCUGCCAAACGCAAACCGCGUUUGCCACAAGCCAAGAGGAAAGGGAAGAGGAGCGGCAAAGCCACUUGCCACCUCCGAGCUGUCCCCCAUGACUCCACCUCCACCACCACCGGCACAGGAAAUUGACGCGAAAGGCGGCUCGCGGUAGACCAAAGAUCCCCCACCGCACUCGUACUUGCGCAUCUCUCGGUCGCCAUGGCCCGCGGCGGCUCCAGCAACUUCCUCUUCUUCCUGGCUGUGGCCGUGGCCAUGGCGGCGACGGCGGCGGCGCAGGAGCCCAACACGGACGCCUACUUCGUCUCGCGCUUCUUCUCCAGGAUGGGCCUCGCGGCGCCGUCGUCGGGCGCGGUGUGUUCCUGGCCCGGGGUCUCCUGCGACGGCGAGGCGCGGGUGGUGGCGUUCGCGGCCGCCGGGAUGGGGCUCUCGGGCCCCGUACCGGACGACACCGUGGGGAAGCUCGCCCGGCUGCGGUCCCUCGACCUCAGCGGGAACCGCCUCACGGCGCUCCCAAACGACCUCUGGGAGCUGGGCGCGUCCCUGCGCGGGCUCAACCUCUCCCGCAACGCCAUCCGCGGCGCGCUCCCCAACAACGUCGGCAACUUCGCGCUGCUGCAGGUGCUCGACGUCUCCCGCAACGGCUUCUCCGGCCCGCUGCCGCCGGCGCUCGGCUCCAUCGCCGGCCUGCGGGUCCUCGAUGCCAGCCACAACCAGUUCCAGGGCCAGGUCCCCGGCGCCGUCGUCCUCGGCUGCGUCAGCCUCGUCUCCAUGGAUCUCUCCAGCAAUGCGCUCGACGGCGACCUGCCGGAGCUCUCGCCGCUCCGGUCGCUCGCCUACCUCAACCUGUCAGGCAACCUGCUUCGCGGCUCCGUCAGCGGCGCGUUCCAGGAGCAGCUGAGCGCCAUAGACCUUAGCAACAACCGCUUCUCGCGGUUGAAUUUUAGCAGUGGGUAUGCUGGUUCCUCGUUGAUGUACCUCGACCUGUCAAGCAACGAGCUCGUUGGGGAAUUCGGCCUCGCCGGCCGGUUCCGCAACCUGAGGCACAUGAAUCUUGCAUUCAACAAGUUGUCCCUGGGAAAUUUGCUCGCGUCCAUGGGUGAGAUCUCUGCAUUGGAGUAUGUCAAUUUGUCAAGCACUGAGUUGCAUGAGCAAAUCCCUGGGGUGCUGUCUUCCCGGUUAACUGGAUUGAAGGUGCUCGAUUUGUCAAAGAACAAUGUCAGCGGGGUAGUCCCGGACCUGAGCAUUUUGCAGCUGCGGGUGCUGGACCUGUCGGUGAACAACCUUACUGGAGAGAUCCCCGUGUCAUUGGUGAAGAAGUUGGCAUCCAUGGAGCGGUUCAACUUCUCAUACAACAACCUCACUGUUUGUGCCUCUGAGCUCUCACCUCAAGCAUUUGCAGCUGCAUUUGCUAGGUCCAGGAAUGACUGCCCGAUUGCUGUGAACCCAGACAACAUCAAGAAAAACAGGGCUAGCCGCAAAGGGAUGAAGCUGGCAUUGGCCAUUGUGCUCUCGCUCUUCUUCUCAGUCCUUGGGUUGCUUUGCUUGGCAGUCGUAUGCCGUAGGCGGAAGAAGAUGAGUGAUGCAUUGCCCGCUGACAAGCAAGUCUCAUUCAAGGAGGAGCAAGGGAUGUCAGGUCCAUUUGCGUUCCAGACCGAUUCGACAACUUGGGUUGCCGAUGUGAAGGUUGCAACAUCCGUUCCAGUCGUCAUCUUUGAGAAGCCAUUGCUGAGCUUCACGUUUGCUGACCUCUUGGCGGCGACAUCAAACUUCGAUAGAGGAACUUUGCUGGCAGAAGGGAGAUUUGGGCCAGUGUACAGGGGAUUCCUCCCUGGUGGGAUUCAGGUCGCUGUGAAGGUGUUAGUCCAUGGUUCGGUAAUGGCAGAUCAAGAUGCUGCAAGAGAACUCGAGCGGCUGGGACGGAUCAAACAUCCAAAUCUGGUUCCUUUAACUGGUUACUGCUUAGCAGGAGACCAAAGAAUUGCCAUAUAUGAGUACAUGGAGAAUGGCAAUAUGCACAAUUUGCUGCAUGAUCUGCCACUGGGAGUUCAGACCACUGAAGAUUGGAGCACCGACACAUGGGAGGACAACAACGGUGGAGUGGCCACUGAAAACAUUACGCCAGAGGGCACUGCAACAUGGAGGUUCCGACACAAGAUUGCAUUAGGUGCGGCGAGGGCACUGGCGUUCCUCCACCACGGUUGCAUUCCCCAGAUCGUCCACCGGGAUGUGAAGGCGAGCAGCAUCUACUUCGACUAUGCGAUGGAGCCUAGACUGUCUGAUUUUGGCUUAUCGAUGAUCGCCGGGACUAGCGCUGAUGACGACCUGUUGCGCCAUUCCCCUGGCUACGCUCCGCCGGAGUUCUCUGACUCAGAGAACGCCACAGCGACUGCAAAAUCUGACGUUUACAGUUUCGGCAUUGUGCUGUUCGAGCUGAUCACUGGCAAGAAGCCACUGGGGGAUGAGUACCCUGACCAGAAGGAAGCGAGCCUGGUGGACUGGGCGAGGGCGAUGGUGAAGGGGAACCAAGUGUCGAGCAUCAUUGACCCGAAGAUCCGCGACACCGGGCUGGAGAGGCAGAUGGAGGAGGCACUGAGGAUCGCCUACCUGUGCACUGCCGAGCUGCCAUGCAAGAGGCCAGCCAUGCAGCAGAUUGUUGGCCUGCUCAAGGACAUUGAGCCUAAAGUAGAAGAGGAGUGCUGAUGUUUCUUACUAGUAGUGUUUUUGGUGUUAAAAAGGGUGUGUAAAGCAGUGAGCUCCUAGUUGUUUUGUCUUAGUGGAGCUCACCCUGCUGAGAUAUAUCUUUUUUCUUUCUUCUUCUUCGUUUUGAUUGUUCCAGUUGCUAAGAUGUUGCAAUACAGCUUGCCACACCUGCUGCUCCUUACUAACAAUGUUACCAUGAGUUAAUGACACAUAAAAGCUCUCAUCUCA